AUGUCCCGGCCAAGCUGCAAACACAGUCACUUGACAUACUCUGCAAGCGACGCCGCCUGGGCUUGCUGGCCACUUUGGCGCGUUGACUGCGCAGCAAUCUGGGCAGUGAUAUACUGGGAAAGGGACUGGCUUGCUCAGGUGUGCUUGGACCUGGAAUGGCUGUGGCAAUUCGCGGCUGCUGACCUUCCCAGACCUCGCAGGGACACCUGGUAUGAGUGGCGUUGUGUGAUUGUGGACCACAUCGGCACCUUCCGUGGGAUGAUACAGCGCGCUGGACAAAGGGCUGCGAAGGCGGCCCAUGCCGAACAAGCGCUUCAGGCAGCGCUCCGUCCGCUCCAUGCCUGGGGGAGGACGCAGGUUGAUGUGGCAUUGCCGAGUCCGAGCUCUGGUUGGUGGUGUCCGCCCUGUGAGAAGGUCUUCCGCAACAAGGCCGCUCUGGGGGUGCACUUCUUCCUCUGGCAUGGUCGUGUCGCCCGCUUUCGUCAUCUUGCGCAAGGGUCUCUAUGCAUGGCAUGCCACAAGGAGUACCACACGCACGACAAGCUCAAGUUGCACCUCAGAGCGUCUCAGAGGUGCUGCGACGUGCUUGAGGACCAAGGUGUGUGGCGCAAUGAGGUUUCCCACGACAUCGGCAGUCGCCAAUGGCGGCAACAAGCGUCCAAAGACCUGGGACUUGCGCUACCUCGGAGGGAGAGCGUGGUGGUGGCGAAUGUGGCGGCCGAGGCUGAGGCGUGGCGUGUGAACCCCGUGGUCAACACUGCGUACCUGGACAUCGGCAAUGCGCUGAUGGGGCACCAAGGAGAGAGUGAGACGCUGAUCGACAUUGUUCUUGUCGGUCUGGCUAAAUUCCCGCUCUACCCGCAGGAGCAGCAAGACAUCGCGCGGAAGCUCUACGAGGCCUCGGACUUCUUCGGCGUGAGGCUUCCACAGAACCUGGAGACGUCGGUCCGGGACUUCUUCUAUGUGGAGGACGCGAGGCUGGACAGAGAGGAGAAGGUCAACCGCAGCGCCCCGCUGCGUUGGCGCAGUCCGGAUGGGGUGCGACCCGCUCAACAUGGAGCUUAUGUCGUCUUCAGUUGUGUCAGCCAUCUUGGGCAAGAACGCCAGGAACACUUGGCAGCAGCACUGCGCGUGCAGCUGGGCGACCCCUGGCACGGAGAUGAGUGGCCCCUAGCGCUUAGUGUUUCCCCAUCUCCCUUGGCCGAUUCAGGUCGAGGAGAUUUGGCCAAAGGUUUGCUGUGCCUGUACCAGCAUUUAUGGCGAGUACAGGGCUGGCUUCGGGCGCCCAGCAGCUUCUGGCACUCGACUAUCUCAGCCCCUUUUCGGGGUUUCCACAGUGCAUUUUAA